AGCUGCAAUACGCAUUGUACCUCCGUGCUGUGUUUGUUUAUUACACUUGAAAAACAACGAACAAUGGAUAAAAUGAGAGAGUGGCUUGGCCUGGAGAGUCAAAKAAAUCUUCCCAUGAAAAGAAGCUGAGAAUGCCAAGCGGGGACUUCAAGGAGGACAGGCUUUCGACAUCAGCUCAAUCCACACCUUGUGGCACCCCUUCCGGGACCCCCUCCGUUACCCCCAGCGUCAGUCCCCACGCCUCACCGAUACUCAACCGCAGGAACUGGUUCAACAGCCAGAGUCUUGCACCAUUUCUCGCUUCCACAGAACUCAGUAGUCCUAACCUCAGCCCUGAAAUGGGAGGCAACGAGGGAGGAGGUGGAGCGGGAGGGGAGAGGUGGAGCUUAUUUGGAACUUCUCGCCCGGUAGUACAGAAGUCCACUACUGACCCCGGUUCAGAAACCAACACAGGCUUCACACUAAAGUCAUACUUUGGCGUGCAGAAGUCUACCACCAUGGAGGAAAUCAAGACCCAGGUCAACCUCAUGGUGGAUGACCCUGCCAAGUUCAACCCCCCCAAGAUCGAGAUCAGCAGCAUCGAGGGCAACAGACCCCUCCAGACCCGCCCACACAAACUUAAACCCCGGGACAUGAACGUCCUGACACCAUCUGGAUUCUGAUACCCUUGCCUCCCUGUUGGCCAAUAGCAGGUCUACUACCCUCUUCUGUCUCCUAAGCCUCCGCAGCUUCUGUGGAACACCGAGAUGGAAAAGAUGGAGGACGAGCUACAGAACUAUAUCCCCAUAUUCCCUGAACCCUGAUGUUUUAUAUGACCCUAUGCCUGCUCCCCCCACUUCUCCUCAAUUAAUGCACCAAACGGGGCAUUUCCAUCCGCCUCAAGAGGGUCACUUUUUUGGAGGGGUGCUUUGUCAUACGAUGCCCUGUUGUCGUCUGCUUCUCAGUGAUGUCUUGAAAUAGAAAUUGUGGUUUUGAUGUCUCAUGAGUCCCCUGCUUUGGCGAAAACCCCCAAGCUCAUUAUAUCUAACUCACUUUCACUUAAAGCACUGUACAGUACCCAGCCAGUGUCAUUUCACUCAACUAUACUCAAUCGCCUCUGAUGCUUUAGUUUUUUUUACAAAUUUAACAGUGAGUGUGGUUUUACUGAUGUUGUGCCUAAGCCUGCUUCUGGCAUCUUGGUCACAUCAGUUGACAUUUUUUUUAUUUUUUUUAUAAAGAUGAGUGGUUACUGCUAACCAGGAUUAUUUGUAUUUGUUUUUCUUCAUAACAUCCAGAUAUUGUUUGUUAUUAGUAUUUAAGUGUCAUGAUAUUUGUCAUACCAGUCUGUAAUGCUUUAAGAAUAUAUUGAUAUGAAGUACAAUGCUUUGAAAUUGUCAUUUUAAAAGCUUUUUUAUAUGGACUAUUAUUUUAGAAUGAAUACUGUUUUGUUUUUGCAAGAUGUUCCAAGAUKAAUUCCAAUAACUAUAGCUUGGUCCACUGAUUUUGGCUGUAAAUAAUUUCAACACUAACAAAAGUAUUCCAAUGUUUCUGGUUAAUUAUUUAUCUUAAUUGCUAACUUUAAAGGGCCGGCUCCCCCCAUAUGAAAGCCACUUACA